AUGGGGCCUGGGGGAACUGUCGCGUCGGGCUACAGGGUUCUCAAUUAUCGCGCAUUGUCUGCCGGAGAUCCUAACAAAAUCCACGUCUUGACAUUUGAUUAUCGAGGUUUUGGCAAGAGUACCGGCUCGCCAUCAGAAACUGGACUUAUUCUUGAUGCCGUUGCCGUGGUCGACUGGGCCAUGAAUGUGGCCGGAAUUCCUCCAUCGCGGAUUCUCAUCUUCGCACAGUCUAUGGGCACAGCCGUGAGCAUUGCUGUAUCUAAACACCUUGCCGUACAAGAACCACCAGUGGUCUUCGCGGGAACCGUUCUCAUUGCGCCGUUCGUUGACAUCGCGACGUUAGUCGCAACUUAUCGCGUGGCGGGCACCAUUCCAAUCCUGUCACCCCUUGCGAGAUUCCCACUGGUAUUCAAAUACCUUCAAAGAUUCAUUCGUGACAUGUGGCUAAGCAAAGACACGAUUGCACAAUACAUUCGUACCAACGAGCUAAAUGGGGAAGAUUAUCGACUGACGAUUAUUCACGCCGAGGAUGACUAUGAUAUUCUUCCAUGGCACCAUUUUGAACUUCUGUUUUGGCAUGCGGUUAAUGCUUCGACGCCUGCAGGGAUCAGCUAUGACGAUCUUGAGCAAAAGAAGCUGGACUCGAAGACAGAACUUGGUGCGGCUGGGUCCGUCAUGGAAUGGAAAACUGAUAAUGGGGUUAUCCAAGAAGAGAUAUUGAAGACUGGGUUACAUGAUGUUAUUAUGGGGUACCCAGUGGUUACAAGGGCGGUUAUGCGCAUGUUUGAAGCGGUUGAUCCGUCGUUUACAUCUUGA